AUGUGGAAGGCAAGCCAAAGGGACACUGAUGACAAUGCGUCAUCCAGCUUUUUCCAAUCCGAGUGCCGUAGAGCGGGCGAAGGCAUUGUUCGAUUCAUUUGUAACCUUGGAGCUACCGACUUCCAUGACUUUUGGUUGCCAUAUAAUUCAUUUAUUCUCAAAUCAACAGCAGUUUUUUUGAUUCGAUGCGCCUUGGAAGUCGGGGACGACGGUCGCAGACUUAGCUGUCUGAAUCAAGUGCAAAUUCUUGUCGCAGCCUUGCGGCAUGCUCGUCGAGAGUACGACUGGGACAUAGGAGCCACGUGUCUGGACUAUUGGGAGCGUGUAAAUCCAUUUCUUCCCAAGACAAAACAUGAGAAGGAUCAACAAUGGGAACCAGAGGGAGUCACAGAAAGUCAUUUGAACGCGGUUGAGCCGGCGAAGACCGCAUCUCUACGGGACCCAAUGAACGAGCUGAUGGAUGAUAUAUUAUCGGACGCAGUGGACCUGUUUCCUCUCGAUAUGACUGGCAUCUGGGGAAUGACUACGUUGCACGAUAGGAUUGCUACUUGA